GAGUACAACACACUCUCUUGCAAUCUCAAUUUACCACACUGCUGCUAUGACUGUUAUUUAUUGCAUUUGUUUUCUUUCCUCUGAUCAGGAUCGGCCAUCCCUGUCUUCGCUUUAACCUCCUGCUUGGAGUGAGGGGAGACAACUUGGUGGCCAGAAGCAGCUAAACGCUCAGAGGGUAGAGCUGUUGCUCACAAGUCUCAGAUCCCUCGCUCUGCCCAGAGAAGAAUACCGAGGACCUGUUUCCUACAGCACUAGCUAACAGUGACUGAGGAGCAGCAGAUCRCUGGCAGUUUCCCUUUUUGGAUGUCUCUCUCGGAGAAGCAGAGGGGAUAAUUUACUGCUAGUUCCUCUGCUCAUUCCAGCAGGUGUGAAGACCAUGAGUGACGCAAAGAAGAGCAAGCUCCUUCAGGAAAGUCCUGUAAAAGUGGGGCUGCAUCUGCUGUCCUCCAGACGGCUCACAGGGGAUGCCUCUCAGGACUCCCGUCAAAGACAAGACUGCAAGCAGGAGUCAGAAAAUGGGGUGGACCUGUCUUUUGGGAAAGGAACAAAAGGAUCAAUAGCUCCCUGUGGGAUAGAGGUCUGGGAGUGCAAGGAUGGUCGCGAUGCACACAUCAGCAAGGUUAUUCUCCCCGGGGACGAUCCAGACCCACCUGUGUGCGAGAACAGCUCCAUCUGGGUUCAGCAGGUGGGAGAGAAAGCCUACGAGUGUCCUGAAUGUGGGAAGAGCUUCAGCCGGAGCUCCUACCUCAGCCAGCAUCAGAGGAUCCACCUGGCAGAGAAACCCUUCAGCUGCUCCGAAUGUGGGAAGAGUUUCACACGAAACUCGGACCUCAUCAAACACCAGCGCAUCCACACCGGCGAGAAGCCCUACCAGUGCAACGAGUGUGACAAGACCUUCAGCCAGAGGUCCAAUGUGAUCAGGCACCAGCGGACCCACACAGGGGAGCGCCACUACCAGUGCAAUGAAUGUGGGAAAAGCUUCAGCCAGAACUCGCACCUCAUCGUUCAUCAACGGAGCCACAAGGGCGAGAAGCCAUUCAGUUGCCCGCGGUGUGAGAAAAGCUUCAGUGACCGCUCUUCUCUCAUCAUCCACCGGAGAGUCCACACGGGAGAGAAGCCUCACAAGUGCCAGGAGUGUGGGAAGCGUUUCCGGGACAGCUCAGCCAUCAUUCGGCAUCAGAGGAUCCACACGGGAGAGAAACCGUAUGAGUGCAGCGAGUGCGGGAAGACCUUCCGCCAGAGCUCCUCGCUGGUGACCCACAUGAGGACGCACACGGGCGAGAAGCCCUACAAAUGCCCUGUGUGCGGGAAGGGCUUUAGCCAGAGCUCGGCGCUCACCACUCACCGUCGGAUCCAUGCGGGAAAGGCCUUGCCCGUGUUCCACGAGAGCCUGCUGCCCGCCCCAUACCAGUGCGCCGAGUGCGGCCGGCGGUGCAGCGACCACUCCACGCUCCUCAAGCACCAGAGCACACACGCCGAGGAGCGGCCCUACAUCUGCGUGGAGUGCGGGGACAGCUUCCGACGGAGCUCGGCCCUCAACGUGCACCUCAGGAUCCACCGCGGGGAGAGGCCCUACAAGUGCGAGGAGUGUGGGAAWACCUUCCGGCACAGCUCAGCCCUCGGCGCGCACCUGAGGAUCCACGCGGGAGCCAAGCCCUACGAGUGCACUGAGUGUGGGAAGAGCUUCCGGAAAAGCUCAACGCUGAAAGUGCACUUGAAAAUCCAUGCRGCCAAGAAACCUCAUAAAUGUGCAGUGGGUAGGAGAGCGCUCAGUUCACACUCCCUCCUACCGUAGUCCAGAAUAGUUUUCUGCUGUGUUGAGGACAUAGGAAAAAGGGUGGGCGAUGAGAACCACAAUGAAGAAGGACUUGCUGGUGACAGGGCCACUGUGAUAUCAGUGCUGGAUGUUUAAUUCCCGUGGUAUGAGAAACGACAAUGGGGUCUAUAAGCAGCGAAUUAGGACUCAGAGCUGAGCCCUGGGGGAGGAGGAGAUGUCUGACAGCCUGAGAAACAGGGACUGAUUUCUGGGUAAUUCAGGGGUGGUGAGUCUGUGGUAGAACAGAAGGGGAACACUAAGCUUUUAAGUGUCUUUUUAACUAAAGAAAAUAUCUAAAUAAAAUAAUCCAGGUUUCUUCUGACUCAAAACUUUGGCUCGUUAGGCACGGUAGCAGUCUUAGAAACUCUCUUUUUGAUACCUUAUUUUUCAUGAACGUACAAAGUUUACACAAUGCUUGAAAAGGCACCUCCAGUUCUUCGAGCCUGACACUCUGGAGCUGGACCUCAGUCUGUCUUUUUUCCUCCUUUUUUCCAAGCGACAAGGAAUUCCUACCUCUACGUGCAGAAUUUGCAGGACAUGGUACCUGAGUAACACAGAAUGGAUGUGACCUGCUCCUGAAAACAUGGACGCAAACUCUUUUUUGUGUUGGAAUGCUGCCUGUUUGGCAGCUUUACCAAAAUUUGUCUUCUCUGGUGUGAAACACCUUGGGAGAUCAGUAAAACAGGCAAAAAUGUGGCCUUAC